CAGUGUGUUUCACGUUCAAAUUGAGCCUAGCCAAUGGACAGGAUUUGCCAUCGUUCGGAAUGAGAUAAUUCUCUCUGGGUGACGGUACAUUGAUGCCUUCAAUGAUCAACGUAUUACCGACUUUGUUGGUUCGAACUAGACAGUAAAUAAGAUGCGCAUCAGUUUAAUUAAUAACGAAAAACGUAUACAGUCAAAACAAAAUACACUAUCAAAUUUAAUGUAUACUCACUUUCUUUUAAUUGUGUUGAAGCCGUAGCAUGAAAACAGCUGCUGGGGGUGAACAAUUUUAAAGACAUUCUGCUCGCCAUCCACAAAGAAUUCACAAGCGGUAUUUUAAACAUGUUUAAUGUAGUAAAUCGUAACUCACCAAAAAGCAGCAGACAAGUUAGCACGUAAAAUUGUAAUAUUAUUGUAAAUGCCUAUCUCACGAAUAGUUUUAUCUUUUAUCUAUUCUCUAGUUCUAAUCUAAUGUCCAUGCAUUCCACAUUUACGCCAUGUUUUCAUAUCUAAUUGAUAAGAUCGUAAUAUCAUGAUUAGAUUAAUUCUCUAACUUCAUAUCCACUCGGAACCAAACUGUUCGUAUGUUUGAACCACGAAUUAACAUAUUAAGAUAUUUCUUAAUUCGUGGUUUGAUCUAUAGUACACGAGAUAAAAAGUAAGCCACAAUCGUUACGCGGCAAAUAUCUAAUCUUUCUUCAUCAGAGCUUCUUCAACUAUCGAAUUACAUUACAUUACCAGUUACCAUCUGCCGGUUUUAAAAUACGUACCAGCUGUUCUCAUUUCUCCCAAAUGUAGAACCACUAAAAACAAGAAAAAAGGUCACUGUACUAUAGUAAAUAAUAUUGUAUUUACGUUUCUUUAUUAUCAAUUACGUCGACCACUCAAAAUAUUAUCAUAGCAAAAUACCUAUGACUCAAAUUAUUGCGGUAAAUUGUAGAUAUUAGGUACCUAGUUUGACGCUUGUGAAUAAUUAAUAUUAAGUAAUAACUUCAAAGUAUUAUAGAUAUUUCCUUUAUCUAUACUAAAUUACCAACUACUAAUUCUACAGUAAGACAAGUAUUCAACCGAUUGUUGUCUGUUGAUAGCCAGUUGAUCCUAAUCUAUUAGCCCGACGAUGUUUCCAAAUCAGUUCUACGCCAACGAUUCGGCAAUGAAUUACCGCCCACUACAGUCUACAAAAUGACUAAGACUAUUAUACCUAUGAGAAUAUUACAAAAUAGUCUAUUAAAAUGGUGAUACACUUUCAAAUCACAGUUUUAGGUUUUAUGUUUUUCGUAUAAUCCCGAAGUCAUGCUUUAUCUAAAGAUUAUAGCUAUACCGUGUUUUGUUCUGUUAGACAAUGCCGUCAGGGCGGCUAUGGUACACAACGAUUUGGAUGUCUGUCCAGAACAUUUGCCUUACAUUAAUUUUUCGGAAUCUGACCACAACGAGUCUGUAAGUAUCCUUAUACUUGUGUUUAAACCCUGGUAAAACUCGUUUAUCAAUGUUACUCGUUUUGUAGCAUUGUUGGGGCUAUGAAAGUAAUUGUGAUAAAAGGUACCGCUAUUCAGAUCCUAUAUGUCCGGGUUCAGAAACUGGUGGGAUGCAAACUAGAAAAGAUCAAAUCGACAUGUUCUUCAAUCAAGGAGAUUUUGGUUACAUAAAACAUCAACGAGAAGAAAUUUCAUACAUUUGUGAGCCUUCAAGUCGAGUAAUUUACAUUAUUAUGUCAGAACUAAUAAUAAUUAUUUAACAUUCUAGUAGCUGCAAUUUUAUUAAAUUACAUAUUUCAAAAGUUACUAAAUUUUUAAAGAGAAUAUUAACAUACUAUUUGUUUUCCUUCUGACUCGUGUAUAACGUAACACAUUUGAGUUUAAGAGAACUAAACUUAUGUUGUUAAUUUUAGUAUUAGAGUUAAUUGACCUAUCAUAAAAUUCAAAGUUAAAAACAUUAUCUUUGUGCUUAUGUUUUUUUUUAAUAUUUAAAUUUUUAAAUGACAUAUACCUAAGCCCUUUUAAAUGUUGACAUUAUACAUAUUCAUCUCACUUAAAAAUAAAAAUAAAAAACACCAACUUAAGGAUGCAGUUAAUGUGCGGCUAAACUUUAAGUUUAUUAGGUAAAUUAAAUUGUAAUGGGCGCCACGUCACUCCCUGAUAAUAUAUCAUAUUAUAUAGCAUAAGUAAGGGUCUGCAGUACAGUAAUUGACACCUUGGGUCAUAAUAGUUUAGACUUAAAUAUUGUACCAGGAAACCACACCAUAAUGUACAUUUGCAUGUUCGGAAUAUUAAUAUGACAUAGACAUCAAUAGCUCAUAAACACCUAUACAUACAUUUACUAUUAACAAACCCAGGUACAAGGGGCCAAAUGCAUGAGGUUAUCGCUUGACUAUUUAACAUGUUAUUGCCGAAAAACAUAGACUAAGUAUAUCUAGCUAAGACUGCCUUUUCAGACAUGUUUUACCACUAUAAUCUGCAAGUACCUUCACACCAGAUAGACUUGUACUUUAAUUAAAAGUGUUAGAAUAUUUUUCGACUAAAUAAAUAUUCUUAUAUAAAAUAGCUGAGUACAAUAUUUCUGACUUUGGUCAUAAGUAUACAUGAACUUAAGUUUGAAAGUAUGUCUGCAAAAAAUUAAAGGUAAAUUCACUGUAAUACUAUAGCUAACAACACAAAUUUGUGUUCAGCAGAUCCAAAUUUGUGUUAUGUUGUGUGCAAGAUAUAAAACAAAUAGUGUGCCAAUAGUUCUUCUUCUUCUAGACCAAAUAGUCUUCUUAAAUAAUCAAACAACUACAUUUUAUUAUUUUAUUAUUUGUAGGAGGAUUCUUCUUUAGAAUGUACAAACCAUUUGAGAUUUUGUCGAGGUCAUAAUAUAAUGAUAAAUUUCACCGACAUAAAGAAUAGUAAUCGGUCUAUUAGAUACCAUAUGGAUGUACUAAAUUUUGGUCAAAUUGGAGGAAAAUGCAAGCAAGUGUUACAUUUUUAAAUAAACUAUUUGAACAUUGAUAAAAAAAUAUAGUUUUCAUUUUCCUAUUCAACUUAUAAUAAUCCAAAUUUUUACAAUGUAAGAAUCAUUUUGAAAGUAUAAUUAGUAAAAUAAUGUAAUAUUUUAAAAUGAAACAAAAAAAAUACAAUGAAAUAAAGACUAUUUUAGAUUCUGAGCAUAGCGAGGGAGCUAUUGGUUUUACUAAGAUAUUUUUUUCUUUAUUUUAUAAAAACAGACCAGAAAAAAUGAUUUAAUCGAAAAAUUACAAGAUACCUUUUUUGUUGCUUUUUUGAUUGAAUUUCUUGCAUUAUCAUUGCCAAAACUUUUGAGCUUUUAAGAAAUCUUAAUUUUUGGGAGUUUUUUUGAUGCAAUUCGAUUAUAUAUGUAUGUAGAGACUUGGAAAUUUGGUAAUAAUACUUAUAUUGGACUUACCUAGAUGUUGUAAAAUUUCCAAAAUCAUUAGAUGACUUUUUUUUAAUAAGCGUUUUGAAAUCAAAUUUUAAGAAAAAUUGCAAAAAAAAAUUAUGGCCUUUAAAAUUAUGUAUUACCGAAUCGAAUCGUCUUUCGUCAAGCAAUAAUUUAUUACUGCUUACAAACAUAAAUAAAAUAACCUUAUACAUAAGGUUAUUUCCUACCUUCUUAACUAACAUCCUCAAUAUCAGAUCUUUUUAAUAAUAUAUUUCCUUAUCAAUGUUUUUAUUCGAAUUUAGAUUUUUAAUUUUUGUAUAUAUACUAGUACGAAAUAAUAAUGUUUACAUCAGAAAAACUUUGUAUACAUUAUAGGUUUCAUAAAGAAAAGUUGGAUACUCAGUGUGAUCAUUUAAGUCCAUUACAAUCUUGGAGUCCAGAAUUGAGAUUCUUUUCAUCAAUCAAUUAUUAUCCUGGAAAGUGUGAUAUAAUUAUAACUGAGCCUACAGUUAUUAUGAAAAUAGAUGCAAGUUAGUAAUUCCAAUAAUAAUUAUAUUAUAUGAUACAGUUUUUAUUUUGUUUUUUUUUUUUUUUACAUAUUUAAGUAUAUUUUUCCUAUUAGCAGUUAAUAUGUAUCAUCAUUUUUGCGAUUUUUUGAAUUUAUAUGCAUCUCAGCAUGUAAAUGCAUCAGGAACUAAGAUGUUUUCAAAAAACAUACAUAUAUUAAUAUGGGAAACAUUUGAUUAUGAAUCUGCAUUUGGUGAAACAUUCCAAGCAUUUACAGUACACCCAAUAUGGAAUUUAAAUACUUUUAAAGGAAAAGUUGUUUGUUUCAAUAAUAUCAUUCUUCCUUUAUUAUCGCGUAUGAUAUAUGGACUGUAUUAUAACACACCACUGGUAAUUAAAUUAAUUAAUACAUUAUUGUAUCUUUUAUGUUUUUAAUUUUAACUAUAUAAAUGAGAAAAAAUUAGAAGGUAUUGGUUUUAGAAUAACAUUAAUAAUUUAGUUGGUUAGUUGGUAUCCAAUUCCAUAUAAUAUAUUAUAGUUUUAAACGUUUAAAUUUGUAAACUAUUUAAUUAAAUAAAAACUAAUUUCAUGUAGGUAUAAAUGUUGGGUGUAAGUUUUUUUUUUUCUCAGAUAGAAGGAUGUACACACAGUGGACUAUUCAGAGCAUUUUCAGAACAUGUAUUACACCGCUUAAAUAUUUAUCAAGAACCGAAAAGCAACGGGAAAAUAAAGAUAACAUUUUUAUCAAGAAAUACAAAAUAUAGAAAUGUGAUAAAUGAGAAUGAAUUACUUAGUAUUCUAAAAAAUAAUACUGAGUAUGAAGUAAGAAAGGUAUAAUAAUUAUAGCCUAAUUGGAUAUGUACUAUAAAAUUGAUGAAUUAAAUAAUGUGUAUUUAUUUGUUUAGGUUGUUUAUAGCGAAGAAUUUUUGACUUUUAAAGAACAAUUGCAAAUUACAUAUAACUCUGACAUAUUUAUUGGAAUGCAUGGAGCAGGAUUAACUCAUCUUUUAUUCUUACCAAAAUGGGCUGUAUUAUUUGAACUGUAAAUAUGAUAUUUGAUAUUAUCAGAGUCUUUCAAAUUUUAUUUAUUUUUUUUAAGUAAGAUAAUGGGUAUCCUGUAACAGGGGCACAUAUAUUUUCAAAAUUGUAACAAAUAAUUUGGAAAACCAUGUAUUUAUUUAUAUUUUUAACUUGUUUGAAUACUUUGUUAAUAUUAAUAUUUUAUUUUAUAUUUAUUUGCAGAUAUAAUUGUGAAGAUAUUCAUUGUUAUAAAGAUUUAGCUCGACUGAAAGGUGUAAAAUAUAUGACAUGGCAAGAUAUUAACAAAUUAUCUAUGCAUGAUAAGGUAAACAAACUUAUUAAGUACAAUUUAAUAAUAACUCUUCUACUAAACCUUUAAUAGAAUAAAAUGUUUAUAAAUAAUAUUGUGAUGCCUGAAUUGUAUACAUUAAUAUGCCCAAAAAUAUUAAAAAUAUGCACUAUAAUAUGCAUUGAAAAUCAAUCAUUACCAGUAUUUUUCUUAGGAAAAAGUUAAGUUUUUUUUAUUUUUUAUAUGUGUAAAUAAUAUAAAAAAAGGAGAGAUAAUUGGAUCAAAAACUAGGAGAAGAAUAAACAAGUAUACUAAUAUUUUUUUUAAAUUAAAUAAUCUAAAUUUUACCUCUCAUUUAAACAUUUAAAAGUAAAUUUUUAGAUGAUUUUUGAUAAAUCAACCCUUUUAUCCACCCUUAAAUAUAUUUUUAAGGAUUAAAAAUAUUUUUAACUUUUUGUUAUAAAAAACAACUAUUUUUGCUAUAUUAAGUAAUAUUAGUUUUUCCUAUCAAAACUUUCUUUUUUCUUCUCCUUCAUCUUCAUCUUAAGUAUUUAGGGGUGGCUGCCCUCAUCUUGAAUUUCCACUUACCCCUCCCCAUCUUCUAUCUUGCAAGCACAUUUUUUUAUGAAGAAAACUGGCCCACAGGUAUGUACAGGUACACCCAUUGAGAUAAAUAAAAAUGUAAUUAAUUAUAUUAAAAUUGAAACUAAGAUAAUAGUUUAAUACUGAACUUAAAAUGUUGUCCUACAUGUACUAUAUAUUACUUAUAUUUAUUAGUGAAUAUAGUAAACAAGGCCCUGUCAUAAAAAUAGUAUUAGAGCUAGUUAAAAAUAUAAAAAUAAAUAUUACCAUAUUUGUGUAGAUUUUUAAUCUAUUACCUAAUGGUAAUUACUUACUUUAAUAAGUAAGUAAUAAGUAUACAAGACAAAAUUUAAAAAUAUUGAAAUUAAUAACUAAUUAUAUGAAUUGUUUACCUUGUAAAAUCAUAUUUAUAUAAGAUGAUUGUGAUGGAAAUAUCAUAUAUACAUGGACAUAGUAGUUGUAUUUAAUAAGUUCAAUUUUACUUACUCGAUACUCAUUGACAAUGACCAUACAAACUACUGUAGAUGUAUUCAUCAAGGUAGAUCAAUUUUUUUUUGAUAUUAUCUUUUAAAAUGUAAUAUUUAAAAAAAGGGGUGAUACUGAAGAUGAGUGUAACCAUUGUUAUAGGUGGUUAGUAGGGAAGGUGGAAUACAUCAAGUUGUUUAAUUUAUACUUGUAACUAAUGAUAAAUUUUUGAUAAUAAAUGACAUUAUUUUUAUACUAUUAAAUACAACUUAUAAUAAAUUUUCUAUCAAAUUUUAAAGCAUCUCUGUUAGGUCUAACAAUUUAUCUAUAGAGUACCUAUUAAAUAAAAAUUACCUAAAAAAAACUAACAAAAUUAAAAUGUCUAUGAAUUGCUCAGAUGUUCUGAAAGUUUUACCAUGUAUAGAAAAAGUGAAUGUAAGUUUUCUGUCAACAUUUUAAAUCUCAAUUUACUGUUCUAGAUGCAUUAUUUAGAUCAAGGUGCACAUGCCAAAUUUACCAAUUAUUCAUUUGAUAAAAAUGAAUUUUUGGCCUUGGUGGAAGAAGCUGUAGUUCAUGUUAAAAAACACAAACACAGUUAUAGUUCUAAAAUACACGAUGAACUAUGACAUUUAUGAACAUUAAUAUUAUUAACUGGAAUAUAUGUAACUUGCACAGGGUCAGUUGGGAAUAAGCACUUUUUUAAAAUACUUAUAAUUAAAUCAACAUAUAGAAUAUAAAUUAUUGUAUUGAUAAAAUAACUGUUACUAAAUACAUUAUUAAGCAUUAAAAAUUCAAACAAAUAUGCAUAUCAACUAGGUCUUAGAUGAGCAAUAUAAUUAUAAUAAAGAGUAUAAGUUUAAACUGAUUUUAAAAAUAUUUUUUUAAAUUUUUAUCAAUAUUUCUAUAACAUAUAAUAUAUUAAUUUAUAUUUAUAUAUGAAUUAUUUAUUUUUUAUUUUUUUGUUGCGUUUCCUACAGUUAUUUUAUCUAUUAAGAAUUUGUCGAUAAACAUAUUUACUAAAAUACUAAAAUGCUAAAAAUAUUUUAAAUUAAUUAAUCAAAAAUUGGUUCCUUUUUUUGUUUUUAUAUUCAAAUAAAGAAUUGUUUUUUGUUUACCAUUGAAUAAAUUAGGAUUGUACUUUAUUUUUAUAUUUGUGAUAAAAAAAAUCUUAUAAUUUUGUUUGCUAUUCAAAUUUAAUAUUUGCUGGUAGGUAAAUUUUUGUAUACUCUUAAAUUAAUUCUUAACCAUGCAAUUUUUUCUGUGUAGUUUUAUAUUUUUAUAUAAAUUAUCAACCUAUUACAGCAUAUUUUAGAAGUUAUAUUUUUGUUAAUAUAUAUAAAAAUAAUACCUUUUAAUAUUGUUACUAAUGUUAUAUUGAUAAAUAUUUGUUAUUUGUUUAUGCAUCAGUUUGAUGUACCUUUUUAUAUUUAUAUUUUUUUUACUGUAAUGUAUAACAAUUAGUGCUGUAUUUGUUUA